AUGCUUGGAGCCGGUGAUUCAAAAGCGCAUUCACUCGUUGAUUUUAGAGAUAUUGAAAGAGCAGUGGAAAUUGGAAACUCGUUCUUAAAUCAACGAUUUUUCCAUUUCGAGAUACGAAUCAAAGAAAACUCUAUGCUUACUAUCAGUGUAAACGCAGACAGUCGAUGGGCACUAAUCGGUCUUGACGAUUUGGUCUCCGCUCUAUCAUUCUUCGCGAUCGAUGACGAUGGUCUAUUGCGACCUAGCUUGGAAGAUAAACACCAACUUAAAUUCUCGGAAGUUACGCGAGAAGAUUAUUUGUUGGGCAAGGAUAAAGGCGGCAAAGAGCGUAAUAGAGAUUUGUUUAAGGGUCUUGAGCAAAGAAAAACUCAUCAUUUUAAUUAUCCGAGGCCCGCACCACUUAAUCCAUAG